GAACAUGUCGCGCCUGCACCGCGGGGCCGGGCGCGAUCCGCGGGCGGGUUUCGCAGCCGCGAAGGACUGUGGUGCCUCGGUGCCUCAGGGGCUAUUGAAGGCGGCGAGGCAGAGCGGACAGUUGAAUCUGUCUGGUCGGAAUCUCAGUGAAGUGCCUCAGUGUGUUUGGAGAAUAAAUGUGGAUAUCCCUGCAGAAGCUAAUCAGAACCUCUCAUUUGGUGCUACUGAAAGAUGGUGGGAGCAGACGGAUUUGACCAAAUUAAUAAUAUCAAACAAUAAACUCCAGUCACUUACAGAUGACCUCCGGCUUUUGCCUGCACUGAUUGUUCUUGAUAUACAUGACAAUCAACUGACAUCCCUUCCUUCUGCGAUAAGAGAGCUAGAAAAUCUUCAGAAGCUUAAUGUCAGUCGUAACAAACUGGAAGUGCUCCCUGAAGAAGUGACACACCUAAGAAACCUGAAGACCCUGUAUCUCCAGCAUAAUGCAUUAACUUACAUACCAGAGGGAUUUGAGCAACUUUCCAAUUUAGAAGAUUUAGAUCUUUCGAACAAUUGUCUUACAACCAUUCCUGCUAGUUUUUCUUCUCUGUCCAGUCUGAUGCGACUCAAUCUUUCUAGUAACCAAUUGAAGAGUUUGCCAGCGGAAAUAAGUAGAAUGAAAAGAUUAAAGCAUUUGGAUUGUAAUUGUAACCUCCUGGAAACUAUUCCUCCUGAAUUGGCUGGGAUGGAGUCACUAGAACUGCUUUAUUUGCGCAAGAAUAAGUUACGUUUUCUACCUGAAUUUCCAUCUUGUAGACUAUUAAAGGAAUUGCAUGUAGGUGAAAACCAUAUUGAAGUAUUAGGGGCAGAUCAUCUUAAGCAUCUGAAUUCUAUCCUUGUGCUAGACCUGAGGGAUAACAAGUUAAAAUCUGUUCCAGAUGAAAUUAAACUACUACAGUCUUUGGAAAGGCUUGACCUAAGCAACAAUGAUAUUAGCAGCUUGCCCUAUUCAUUGGGAAACCUUCAUUUGAAAUUUUUGGCACUAGAAGGAAAUCCUUUGAGAACUAUUCGUAGAGAAAUUCUAAAUAAAGGAACUCAAGAAGUCCUGAAAUACCUAAGAAGCAAGAUAAGAGAUGAUGAACCUAGCCAGAGUGACUCUCGUACUGAGACUGCUAUGACACUACCAAGUGAGUCCAGAGUCAAUGUACACUCUAUCAUCACAUUAAAAUUAUUAGACUACAGUGAUAAGCAAACAGCUUUGAUUCCUGAUGAAGUAUUUGAUUCCGUGAAAGGCAACAUAAUCACUUCUAUUAACUUCAGUAAGAAUCAUCUAUCUGAAAUUCCGAAAAGGAUUGUAGAACUGAAGGAAAUGGUGUCUGAUGUCAAUCUCAGUUUUAAUAAACUCUCCUUUAUAUCCGUGGAGUUAUGUAUGCUUCAAAAAUUGACUUUUUUAGAUCUAAGAAACAAUAUUUUAAAUUCUUUGCCUGAAGAAAUGGAAUCACUGACAAGAUUACAAACAAUCAAUCUGUCCUUUAAUAGGUUCAAAACGUUCCCUGAAGUUCUGUAUCGUAUCCCCACACUAGAAACUGUUCUGAUUAGUAACAAUCAGGUUGGAUCUCUAGACCCUGGGAAAAUGAAGAUGAUGGAAAAUCUGAUCACAUUGGACCUUCAAAAUAAUGACCUCUUACAAAUUCCACCAGAGCUUGGAAAUUGCGUGAAUCUAAGGACAUUACUGCUAGAUGGAAAUCCAUUCCGUGUUCCUCGAGCAGCCAUAUUAAUGAAGGGAACAGCUGCUGUCCUGGAGUAUUUGAGAGACCGAAUUCCUACAAAUUAGUUGUUUCUUAAUCCUUAGGAUAGUAGAACAUUUUGUUUUAGUACCAUCCCAAAGGUAACAGCUAAAAUUGAUCCUACAGUUUGCCAGUAAUUACCUAAACAUUGGUAUAGUUGAGCUAGCUAUAAUCAUUGUCAUUCAAAGUUCUCUUACUAUUCUUUCAUUUUUCUGAAAUGUCAUGCAUAUUUAUAAUGAUGUUAAAUGCAUAUAGUCAUGUAAUUUCCUCCAUACAUGUUCUGAAUAUUUUACACAGAAGUUUUCCUACUCAAAUUCAUUUCCUUUUAACAGUGUAAGUACUGUUUUCAAAAGUAUAGUUUAUUUGAUGUGAUUUAAUAUUUUUAUAAUAACAGCAUUUUUGUAGAUUUGGGUUUUUCCCCUUGUUUCUUUUUGUAUUCCAUGUGCUGUGACUAGUUGACUUGAAUAUGAAUAUCCAAUUUCUAUCUUUUUAAUAGAAAUAAAAUGAAUUCCAUUUAAUAUCAUUCUUUGGCAUUAAAAACAUGUAAAACUUUUCAUACCCAUCAUAAGUCUUUUGUAAUGUGAUUAAUCUCAGUUCAAGUUGUGUU